AUGCCUUCGAAGGCCGCGUCCAGAAGAGUCGCAACUGUGGCUGUCUGUUGGCUGAUGCAAGCCCGGGGCGUGGCCCCGCCCGAUGCGGACCGGCUCGAGCGGCUUGGGAUCACAAAGAUCGUGCAGCUCGUUCUCGUGCGCUCGAUCGGCCGCGGCGCCUCGGCGAUGCUGGACUUGCUUGCGCGGGUGCUCCUCCUGCUGAUCGCGCUGCUCCUCUCGUGGUCGCCGGAGACACGGGCUGCUGCAAUGCACCGCGUCGUCUGCGAGAUGCGCCGUCACUCCCACCACCUAAGAAACUUGGGUACGAUCCCUGAGAUCACCGUUGACGGCGACAGUGACGAUGUUUGCGGCGAGUCCGAUGAGAACUACGCCGCCGACGCGCCCCGCCCCACCCCUUCGGGCGGCUCCGAAGACGCCUGUGCGCCCGCGGUCGCAGACUCUGCCGAUGGCGGUCCGCCGCGCGUGCUGGUGUUGGGGGAGAGGGGCGUCGGCGGCAGUGCCCUCGUGGAGGCGCUUCGCGCCCUCGCCGCCGCCGAAGGCAUCGACCUCCCGAUCGAGCGCCACGUCGAUGGUGCCCCGCCGCACAGUGUCGCCGUGCAGCUCAGCCUCGUCGUGUGGGAGGCGUCGCUCGAGCGGCCUCUCGCCGAGUACGUCGCAGACCACUUGCGCGCAGACGGACAGGGGGCGGCGAUCGUGAUCCACGCGCUGGCGGAGGCGCACCCCUUCAUCGCGGUGUCGGUCGAGAAGCAAACCAACGUGGCGCUCUUGUGGGGCAUGGUGCGAGCCGCUUUGGCCGCACCGCCGUCUCCACCACCCCCGUCAAUCGACGGGAGCGGGGCACCAUUGCCAGGCAAACUCUGCGCCCCUCUUGCUCUCGCCGCGAAUGCGCCAGACCAGAUGGGGUCCCAUGCGCCAGACCAGAUGGGGUCCCUCUCUCCGGCUGCGGCGCGUCUCAAGGACAGCAUGCUCUCCUUCACUCUCCGGACAGAGACGGCUUCGCUUCACCGUUCUCGUGGGCGCUGA